GCCUUAGUUUCAACAUCCAACGUAACUUCCGGGUUGAAUUAUCACAUGCUUCCGAUCGGCUCUCAUCUGCUAAGCAACAUUGGUUUUGCGGAUAAAACUUGACAUCUCCAUAAACAGCAAUGUUAAAAUUAGAAGGGUUAGGGCCCAAAAUGGACCCAGAGGAGAUGAAGAGGAAAAUGCGCGAGGACGUCGUGUCGUCUGUGCGCAACUUUCUCAUCUAUAUUGCCCUUCUUCGAGUCACACCAUAUGUUCUGAAGAAACUGGACAGCAUAUGAAUGGAUCAACUAGUCACCUCUUCACCUCUCCCAUCCCAACAUCACGCCGUUCACUGAUGAGGUGAAAUUCUGGACAUGGUUACCACCGUGAGAGGGAUCUGAGGACCAGGCAACAGCAUCAAUAUGGACCCCUUGGACAUAACCUGUGUCCAUCACAGAGCCUGGGCACAAAAGAAAAUGUAGCCAUGUCUUUUUUUGUGGUUGACUUUUUAUUUGUGGGGAUUUACAGAAAAUAACGUGUUCCUUAUUUUGAUUUACAGUGUCUCUUCCAACCGUUUCUGUUGUGACAUGUUCACGUUGUCGUUGUUGACGUAUUACAUCUCACAUGUCAUUAAAUAAAUGGAAGAGUUGGCAAUGUGGUUGUAAGCUUUUUUUUGUUUAUAAGACAACACGUCCUGGAAUAGAAACCAUCGCUCAGAGUAGUUACUGAAUAUCAAUAUUUUAAUUCUUAUCCUGUAGCUAAUAAAAUACUUGCUUUAUUUAUUCAGUGUCCCAUGACUUCGUGGUUUUAACGCUGGUUCAACUUUAGGGGGCGCUGUUGUAUUUUUUAAGAAAAUGGGAAGGGGUGUCUCGCGUGCACAAAUAAACUAUUGUGAAUACGGAAUUUGCAUUUUUUGGAAAGCUAUGUAUGAGUCGAUGCUUUGAGUGUAUGAAAAAGCCCUUCGAUAAACGAAUCCACGAGAUCUUAAUUUACCAAGUGCUCACGCCAAGACCAUGUUGGAAUCGCAAUAGUUAGCGGCCGGUCUUUGGCUAACAAAUGUACAUCAAUGUUCAUUGCAUUUGUCCAGUUCUCUCCAGAUAGCAGGUGGUGGGAUUUAGCAAACCUCCUUGGUCCAUCGGUCACCCUGAACCAUUUACACGUGUACAGGUAAAAUGGACUUCCCUGGCCACUUUGAGCACAUCUUCAAGCAAUUGAACCAUCAGCGUAUCCACGGUCAGCUCUGCGAUUGUGUGAUUGUGGUAGGCAGCCAACGCUUCCAGGCACAUCGCUCCGUCCUGGCUGCAUGCAGUACUCACUUCCGGGCCCUUCUCGGCACUGUGGAGGGGGACCAGGGUGUAGGAGGGGGUGGGAAAGUCAUGGAUGGAGGUGGGGUGGCAGUGGUGGGGCUGGACCUGGGGGUCGUGACUCCAGAGGCUUUCGCCUCCCUGUUGGAUAUGAUCUACACCUCCACCCUAACUCUCGGCUCCUCCAAUGUGAUGGAUGUCUUGCUGGCUGCUUCCCAUCUGCACCUCAACUGUGUAGUCAAGGCCUGCAAGCAACACCUUUCCUCGCACAACUUCCCCACAUCGCCCCCUAGUGGCUGGAGGUUAACUACGCAGCAGCGGUUCAGCCAUACAGGUGAGCAGCACAACAUAAAGGAGUCUCAAUCGCCCUCCGGAACUGUGGCCAAUUCCAAACAGCAGAGGUCUGCCUUGCUCCAGGAGCUAGGGCUCACCCUGGUCACCUCUGCCUUGGACGGAAGCCUGGACCUCGGGGAGGCCGGGGUAGAGGCAGGCCUGGAGGAAGGUAGGGACGGGAGGGCAGAAGCGAGUGACGGCGUGGAGCAGAAGACAGGCUUCCCCACCAGACGUCUUCACAAACGGAAGUCUGCCUCACCCCAGGCGCUUCAGGAAGAGAGACCCGCUAGCAGACAGAGACCCUGCUGGCUGUCUGAGGGGGGCUGCAGGGCAGGGUCUCUGGACUCACUAAAGACAGACGAGGGCCUCUACUUGGAGAGAGGAGGUGCCGAGGAGGAGGAAGUGGAGGAGAAAUAUGAGGCACCGGGGAGAGGAAUAGCACAAGAGGAGGUGCAGCUGCCCACCCAAUCGGAUUGUGGCGUGGGAGGGGCACAGGGGGACGAGGGAGAAGGUCACACAGAUUUGAAUGAAGGGAUAAUGGUGAAAGUGAAGGUGGGAGAGGAAGGGGAGGAGGAGGAGGAGGAGAAGAUGGAGGUUGUGGAGGUGAAGAGUGAACACCUCAGCACGGCUUAUUCAGACCCACUUGGCAUCUCUAGCAACCCUCCAUACCCACUGGAGGACAACAGCGAUCAUCUCGAUGAAGAACCAAACAGAGAGGAAACAUCUCCUGAUCCCCCUGCACAAAACACAGACGAAGGGGACAGUUUAACAGACACCGAUGGCCUAGACAGCCUUCAAGACCUGGGCCUUUCCUGCAUUCUCAACCCCAGCAGUGAGAGGAGCAGUGGGGCAGUUGAGGGUGACAGGAUCCCUCACACCAGCGUGAGAGGAGCUCAGUCUGGAUGUGGGCAGGCCAACGGGUCGUCUCAAGACCCAGACGCACCCAAAGCCUCGUCCUCUUCCUCUCUUGGGUUCCCAGUGACCUCUGUUCCCAUGCAGCAGCUUCUCUCGGGCCAGCCGCACAGUUUCACUGAAUCCUUCUUCCUCCAGCCCAGUAAGAGCUCCCCGGGGGGGUUCCUGAAGGGCCUCCGGCCCGAAAUGGGACCCUCUUCCCUGGGUAGCCUCAGCGUGCAACCUCUCCUCCCCCACUCGUCCGGGGACAAGACCUCGAGACAAGGACAAGGUUUAGCGAGGCCAUCUCUGCGUCGCAUCCUCCCCAAAGUGGACAUAUACGCUGAGGUCCAAGCGGACCAGACCGAUCCCCCACCGGGGGGCGCCCCUCCGGCUCCCGUCGCCCUCCCCAUGGCCUCGGAGGAGGUCCUCUCCAAGUGCAAGAAGGCUCUCACGGAACACAACGUCCUGGUCGUCGAGGGAGCCCGGAAGUACGCGUGCCGCAUCUGCUCCAAGACCUUCCUGAACCUGACCGACUGCAGGAAGCACAUCCGCGUCCACACGGGGGAGAAGCCCUACACGUGUCUCAAGUGCGGCAAGCGAUUCAGCCAGUCGUCCCACCUCUACAAGCACUCCAAGACCACCUGUCUACGUUGGCAGGGGGCUCAUCUGCUCUGACCCCUCCCUCGAAACGCAUGUCCCGAUUCGGGUGACGGGCCGCGACGCAAAGGAUUUCCUCUUCCCAGGAAGCCAAAUGCCUGUCACGCUGACUCGUCCGGUGGAGAAGCGUGAAUUCAAGUAGCGGUUGCCUAGGUUACGGUGGGUUUGUGUUAUGAAAUUGCUACCCAGUGUGAUAUAAUCUCAAUAGUCUACAGCGGUCUUUUGGGUGUCUGUCUUGAAGCGUUUUGUAAUGUCGUUGUCCCCCCAUGAAGAGACUGUUUAUAAAACCAAUAAAGUCAAGCUAUGUGUUGUAAAAGUGAAGACACUUUUUUUGUAGGUUUUUACACUGAAUGUAGCACAAUGUUUAAUGUUGAUGUAAAGAGGGAAUGACUAUACGUGUCUAUUGUCAUAAAGCUUUGAAGUGAAACCCGAAA